AGUCGAUUCGGAGUCGAGGACCUUCGAUCACCGUCCGCCUUUCGCAAUAAUGGACAUCCUCCGUCGAGCUCGUCUCCUCUUUCCUCCUCUCCCCUCCAGGCCCUCGCCAUCUCUCAUAAGAUACAUGUUCCCCUCCUUCCUCCUCAUCAUCUACCUCUUAGUCACCCCCACCGUCGCCCACACCGUCUCAUGGCUUCGCAAGUUUUCCUUGGCACAUAUCCCCGGAACAGACGUCGGUCCUGGAGCUCACGAAGGUCCAACAAAUGGUUGGCUUUGGCAAUGGGCGUGGGCAGCUGAUGGAACUGUGUCCAUUGUCGACCGUACCCCUGCGAUUACAUUUCCUGCAAGACCGGCUUCGUUUGGCUUAGAGCUUCUCGACCCCUUGCUGGGUUAUGUCAUACCGUUAUCUUCAUUCACGGCGCCUUGUCCUCGUUCCAAUGACACUUCGUCCACCUCUUUUUGGUCGAGGACGCCUGUUUCAUUCAGAUUUGGAAGAAAGUACGAGCCUGACCCCGUAUUGGGCUGUCCCGAACUCUGUAUAAGCGGGCCCAAUGUACCUGAUCAAGAUGAGAAGUGGAUUGCUCUCGUCCAGAGGGGUGGAUGUCCAUUUGUUGACAAAGCGAGGAUGGCUCAGAAAUUGGGUGCAUCGGCAGUCGUCGUUGGUGGCGAUAGGGAGAAUCCUGACGCAUUGCUGAAUAUGUAUAGCGAAACAGAUGCAUCAGACGUCAAAAUUGCUGCAACUUACAUAAAAUAUUGGGACUAUCUUCAAUUAUCUUCUCUCAUCGCUUCUUCCAAUACUUCGCAUAACGGUCUUCGCACGCUCUCACUCCUGAUCACCACAGAAUAUUCCGCAUGGGAAUGGUACUCUCCAAUCAUCACAUUCAUCGUGAUCCUCCUCCUCCCAACCCUACUCACUUUCCUCACUCUUCUAAUCCAUCGCAUACGAGCCGCACGAGCCGCCCAACGAGACCGAGCACCCGAAGAGUUUGUCCACAGACUUCCAUGGCGCGUUUGGACAGGCACAGGAUGGGAGAAACACGACCCUAUUAUCGAACAUCCCCCUCCUCAUCCUCAUUCCUUCUUACCCACAUUGCAUACACCAGGUCACGCUCGCGCUAGCUCUGCGGACUCGAGUCGUAGGGAUUUGGAACGGGGAGAAGUGGUGGAGGAAGAAGAGUUGCGGAUACGUCGAGAGCAAGAGCUUGAAGAGGAAGAGGAACCGGAGUGGAUGGAGCACCAGUCUGAGUGUGCGAUUUGCUUGGAGAUGUUUGCGAAGGGUGAGCGUGUACGGGUUCUACCUUGCGGACAUAUGUUCCAUUUGGAUGAAGUAGACGAGUGGUUAAUCAAUCGGAAGAAACUGUGUCCUGUGUGCAAAGCGGAUGUUACUCAACCUCAAUCCCGCCUUCCUCAUCAACACAUUACCCCAGUUAGUGCGUCGACGCUUCUGCCCCCGCCCCCGCCAUCUUCUUCGGCAUCUUCGUCUCUCGGCUCUUCACCCGUUGCACCUUCACCUAUAUCGUUACCUGCGUCGCUGGCGACACCAACGGAACGUACACCACUUCUUCAUUCCUCAGCAUCCUCUCCAUAGUCUAUCCGCAGGCAGAGUUGAUGUCUGGAAUUUGGAGCACUGCAGGUUGGUGCCGUUCCCUCGAAAUUCUUGACACUUCGGGCACAUCAGACGCUUGGUGCUCUUCGGCUUCGCCAUAUUUUGUUUCUUGUGGGUUAACUUGCGCACCUUCCCCCACCCCACUCCCCUGUCACGAGUCACGAAUUCACGACCAACUCAUCCUAUAUACCAUCGCUGUUGUCUCGCACUUGGAUGGACGCCCCCACGCAAUGUCACAUAAAUUACUUGUAUAAUUAUACUGUGUAUUUUCCCGUGUGCACUCGAUAUUGAUGAAACGCAGGAGGCGUAAGUUCUCUA